AUGAACUCAGAGAGAGCAGAGAGUUUACCAAUUGCAGGAUCAAGUCGUCCGGUCAGACUGGGCGAACUGGCCCUCGAGUCACCGAGAUUCAAAGUGAUGACCCUGUCGCCGUCGCAAUACCUGACCGGGCGAACUGACCCUCGGGUCACUGAGAUUCAAAGUGAUGACCCUGUCGCCGUCGCAAUACACGCCGGAGAAGUCGCAUGGCUCCGUCGUGAAAUCCCACAUGGAGAAGAAAAAGUGGAUUCCGGCGAUGAAGGGGGUGAAGUGCUUGCUUUUAGAAGUACUACAACUGAGUUGCUCAAUUUUUUAGUUCAGACUUGCUCACAGGAUUUACAUUGGUCGAUUUCUAGGGUUUCAAUUUUGAUCUUUGAUGACAAAAUUGGAGCGGAAAUUACUACUGAUUCACUCCUCAACUUUUCAAUUCGUAUAUACAUACAUACAUACAUCAAGAACAUCUGGGUCGGCCUUCAAACAGCAAUCAAUCAAAGAUGGGUGGCUCUGCUUGCUGGUGGGGAUGUGUUGGCUUUACUUUUUUUCUCCGCAAUUGGAAGGUUCAGCUAUGGGUUUUCUGUUUUUGACACUCAAACCCUAGGCAUCGCUGACCCUUUUAUAGCUGGAUGGAUUUUGGGUGCUUAUUUCCUUGGGGGUUAUGGGGAGGAUGGAGGAGGAAUGAAUGGUUUCUCUAAGGCUGUUAUUACUGCUACCAAAUCUUGGUCUUUGGGUAUUCCAGUGGGAAUGACGAUAAGGGCAGCAACAGUAGGCCAUAUUCCGCCACCUAGCUUUAUCCUAGUAACCCUGGGAAGCACUGCUUUUUUACUUAUUGGAUGGAGAGCACUAUUGUUCAGCAUUCUCCCUGAUGAUAAAAGCAAAAAGGAUGGCGUCGACAAGCAUGACAAGCCAUUUGAUCUGUUUGAGUCGAUGACAUCUUUUGUUCAAGAACUCCAAAAUCAAUGGAAGCCCAGACCACAUGCCACAAACAUCACAGUGAAGUAAAGCAUGAGACCACUCUCAACUCCCAAGCAAGUAUUUUUCUAUCACAUCUUUUGUUCAACGGGUGGUCAUCUGUGUUCCUAAAUGCAAGGUCAUUGUUGUACUUGCAGGUAGCAACAAUUGUAACCAGUGAAAAAAAUUCUCAGAUGCCCUUUUUAUUUAUUUAUUUAUUUUUAUUUUAUGGUUUUUGAUAUUUUGUGUCUCCGAGUUUCAAUAUAAUGGCAGUUGCUUGAUUCUUUGAGGGAAAAAAUCCUCAUAAUCUCUUUACUGCUAAUUGGUCUGUAUAAUUUUAAAAAUCAUACCAAUUUAUUAAACCUUAAUCUAAAUUAUCUGCACAUCUAUGUUCUUAGAUGUUAUUAUAUUCUUCUAUAUUAUACUAAUGAUUUACAGGUCACUGUCAAUCCAAAACAAAAUAUUUCUUAAAAAAAUAAACCAAAACAAAAUAAUAAAGGAUUUCUAUGCAAUGAUUUUAUUAUAUUAUUAUUUUGGUAACGAGGAGCCCUUUCAAAUUUCCAAUCUUGGGUACCUUUUAUGCAUUAAUAUAAGGUUGCAAAACAUAAUAAUAAAUGAAAAAAAUAAUCGAAUAACAUUUCUUUUGCUGUUUACAAAAAAAUUGAAUAAUAAUAGUGAAAAGAUAUGAGCAAUUUUUUGUUUGCAAAUUUCAAAAUUUUACUAACAGAACAAGGCACCACGACCUAUUAACUCUAAUUUUCACCCUAAUUGUGUAAAGUCGUUCAAAUUUUAACUUAAUUUAUUUUAUUUUUUCAAUGCCUCUUAAAAAAAAAAAAAAAAAUUCAAGUUUUGGCAAUUUAAAAAUCUAUUGAAUCUGAUCCAAUCCACUCACCAUGAUUAUUUAAUACUCACUCAAUGUCUAAGUUCCAAUUUUGUUUGUGUAAAGAUUUGCAAUGAUUGUGUGUGAUAUAGCAAAGAGUAUUUUUUCCAUAAUAAAUAUAGAUAAAAAGGAGAGGUAUUUUAGAAUACCUCUCCGUAGCUUUUGAAGAAAUCAAAUAAGUUGAAGCCCUAAACCAGCAGACUGAUGAACCAGUGUUACAUUAUGAAAAAAUAUAUAUUUUUAUGUAUGUAUAUGUGGUUCAAAUUAUACUUUUGGGUUUUGUAUGUCAGUCGUGUGAUUGUUUGUUUGUCCAAAUCUUGCUCCGUGGUAUUCUAGUAAAUUCAUCUUAUUCUUUUUUUCUUUUUUCUUUUUUCUUUUUUAUUUUUUAUUUUUUAUUUUUCGUUUUUCAUCAAAGGUUCUUUAAAAUUUAAAAUCUUUGAUUAAUGCAUAAUGUUACAAACAAUAUUAUUGUAUAGUAAUGCCAGGAAUAUGAACAUUCCAUGAGCACGACAACCAAACACCCAAAAUAAGAUUUUUCCUUUUUUGGUUAAAUAAUUUUUUUAACAAUUUUUUUUUUUUUUUGGUAUUUAGCAAAGGAUUAGGUUGAAUUCAUGAAACAAAACAUGCAAAAUAAUUUGUCAAAAAAUGAUGGGUAAGUUAAUAUGCUAAGUAAAUGAUUUAUCCCUCAACUCUUUAUGCAAAUAAAAGCACAAGAUAAGAAGAAGAUAAAACAACAACAAAAAAAAACAAAACCAUAAUACAUUUGCAUUGAAUGAAAAUUUAAAAAUAUUAACUGUGGCUUCGGAUAAAAAAAAUUCAUGAAAAAAAAAAAAAAAAAAAUGUGAGCGAAAUCAUGGCACCAAACUUGAGUUGAAAUAUUUGGAGUUCCAAAAAAAAAAAAACAA